GUAGGCUAGAACCCAGAGGAGGGGGAGCCGAGCGUGCUGGUGUCUCCCCCGGUGGCCGCGCAGUGCGUGGGUCUGCGGGUCGCUGGACGUGCGGAGUACUGGGCCCGGCCUGGUCUCCCCGAUUCACGUGUGACUGCGGCGGGCGCCGUCCUGCGCCUCCAAGAGUUGGAGGAGUGCCGCGGGCGUGCACCCCGGCGUCGGGACGUGGGCUCGUGCUCGCCUUUUCCUUUUUUAACGGUCGCCCCUCACGCACACACUCCCGUCCCCUGAGAGUUGGUCUCCGCGCCUCGGCGCACCCCCUCCUCACGCGGCCACUCCCACCGACCCCCCCCACCUCCAACCCCGUCCCCUCGUUCCCGCUCGCUCCUGGUGGGUAGCCGGCUUCAUCCCCAGGGUCCCUACUUGGGGGCGGAGAAGAUGGCUGGCGGACGUCUGCUGUUGGGGGGCGACUUCCUGUCGCCGCCGCCGCCGCCCCCCCUCCCGCCGCCGCCGCUGCCGCCCCUCCCGCCGCCCCCGCCCGAGCCAGUGCUGGAGCAGUGGCGCUAUAGCCACGAAAGUGACUGGCAGUGGGCUCUGCGGCGCAGCUUCAUCUGUCGGCACCUGCACAGCUACCCUGGGGCUGCCCUGGACCAGCUCCUUGCGCUCUCCGCCGCCUGGACCAACCACGUUUUCUUGGGCUGCAGGUACAGCCCACGCCUGAUGGAAAAAAUUCUGCAAAUGGCUGAAGGGAUUGAUAUCGGGGAGAUGCCUGCGUGUGAUCUGAUGCUGUCCAAACCUUCCAAAGGUCAAAAACGCCACCUCUCAACAUGUGACGGUCAAAAUCCUCCUAAAAAGCAAGCCAGUUCCAAAUUCCAUGCGAGACCUCGUUUUGAGCCUGUACAUUUUGUAGCUAGUAGUUCAAAAGAGGAAAGACAGGAAGAUCCUUAUGGCCCUCAAACGAAAGAGGUAAAUGAACCGCCACAGUUUGUCAGCAUGCCAGGGGACGUCUACCAAGAUUAUACCCAAGACUCUUUCAGUGUCCAGGAUGGGAAUUCUCAGUACUGUGACUCGUCAGGAUUUAUUUUCACAAAAGACCAGCCUGUAACAGCCAGCAUGUAUUUUGACAGUGGGAACCCAGCCCCGAGCGGCGCAUCGCAGCAGGCGAGCUCCCAGGCGGCCCCCGAGCCUUCGCCCUCACAGACGUUUCCUGAGUCCGUGGUAGCCGAGAAGCAGUAUUUUAUUGAAAAACUAACAGCAACGAUCUGGAAGAACCUUUCUAAUCCAGAGAUGACUUCCGGAUCUGAUAAAAUUAAUUAUACAUACAUGUUAACUCGGUGUAUUCAGGCGUGCAAGACCAAUCCUGAGUAUAUAUACGCUCCUUUAAAAGAGAUCCCUCCCGCUGACAUCCCCAAAAAUAAGAAACUUCUAACAGAUGGUUACGCUUGUGAAGUUAGAUGCCAAAAUAUCUACUUAACCACAGGCUACGCUGGCAGCAAGAACGGGUCCAGGGACCGUGCCACGGAGCUCGCUGUGAAACUCUUGCAGAAGCGUAUUGAAGUCAGAGUCAUCCGAAGGAAAUUCAAGCACACGAUCGGAGAGGACCUCGUGGUGUGUCAGAUUGGCGUGCCUUCCUAUGACUUUCCUCCUGCUCUGAAGCCACCGGAAGAGCUGGUGGUGCUGGCGAAAGAUGCUUCAGGGCAGCCGAUCUUUAAUGCUUCUGCCAAACACUGGACCAACUUUGUCCUUACAGAAAACGCAAACGAUGCGAUCGGCAUCCUUAACAACUCUGCCUCCUACAACAAAAUGUCAGUUGAAUACAAAUAUGAGAUGAUGCCCAACCGCACGUGGCGCUGUCGGGUGUUCUUGCAAGAUCACUGCUUGGCCGAAGGUUACGGAACCAAGAAGACCAGUAAGCAUGCGGCUGCCGACGAGGCUUUGAAAAUCCUUCAGAAGACACAGCCCACCUGCCCAUCCAUCAAGAGUUCACAGUGCCAGACGGGCUCUUCACCCCGCGGGUCUGGAAAGAAGAAAGAUAUAAAGGAUCUCGUGGUUUAUGAGAACUCCUCCAACCCGGUGUGCACGCUGAACGACACGGCUCAGUUCAACCGCAUGACGGUUGAGUACGUGUACGAAAGGAUGACGGGCCUCCGCUGGAAGUGCAAAGUGAUUCUGGAGAGCGAAGUGAUCGCGGAGGCGGUCGGGGUGAAGAAAACUGUCAAGUACGAAGCUGCCGGGGAGGCGGUCAAGACCCUCAAAAAGACCCAGCCGACCGUCAUUAACAAUUUGAAGAAAGGAGCUAUCGAAGACGUGAUUUCCCGAAACGAAAUCCAGGGCCGUUCGGCCGAGGAGGCUUACAAACAGCAAAUCAAGGAGGACAACAUAGGAAACCAGCUGCUGAGGAAGAUGGGCUGGACAGGCGGCGGGUUAGGCAAGUCUGGCGAGGGCAUCCGGGAGCCCAUCUCCGUCAAGGAGCAGCAUAAGCGAGAAGGGCUGGGGCUCGACGUAGAGAGGGUGAACAGAAUCGCCAAGAGAGACAUCGAACAGAUCAUCAGAAACUAUGCCCGCUCGGAGAGCCACACGGAUUUGACUUUCUCCACAGAGCUGACUAACGAUGAGCGGAAGCAAAUUCACCAGAUUGCCCAGAAGUACGGCCUUAAGAGUAAGUCGCAUGGGGUAGGCCAUGAUAGGUACCUGGUGGUAGGUAGAAAGAGACGGAAGGAAGACCUGCUAGAUCAGCUCAAACAGGAGGGCCAGGUGGGCCAUUACGAGCUUGUGAUGCCUCAGGCAAAUUGAGAUAUUACUAAUUUAUUUUGUUAAGUGCCCAACGAGGCAGAUUGGUGACUUCAAGAAAUGCUACGUGUCCUGACUGCAGAGUAUAUUCAUUCUUGAGAUGUUUCACCUUGUUCAUUUCAUAUAGUGCUUUAUUAGGUAUUGGAACCCGAACACUCUGUCCACUUGUAAUAGCUUCAUCCGGCAGAGGGUACUGUGCGGUUACUGUUUUUGUCUCUCAUCUCGCUGUGCCCCUCAGAUUUUAGUAGUUUGUACAAAGUGAGAACCCAUGUCCAAGUGGAAGUUCACCCCGAGGAAAGAAAUUUCCAUUUUAAAGGGCAUAGCACAGCGAUCCGCAAUGAUAGGUAAAGUUGACAUUGACUACAAUAAAACUACCAUCUUAAUUCCAGACUUACUGAAAAUGUCAGAUCAUUUUGUAUUACUAUUUUCAUCUUUGUGUGAAGCCAGUUAAAGAAUGUUUAACAGUAAAUUGUGCUGUAUGUGUAAAUGUCCUUACCGACUAAAUGAUGUAAGACUUUCUUAAAGUAAUUUUAGUGUUCUUUUAUUUAUAACUUCUACCACAUGGUUUCCAGAGUACUGAAAGAGAUUUACUCUAUCUGGUGAUAUAUAAGUUUUAAACAAUUCUAGUCUUCACGCCGAGAGAGCACUACUGGAGAGAGCAAUUGAAAACUUUCAAAAACUUUGAUUCACUCAGAAGAAAGGAAGCUGGAGCUGUUCGUUCUUGGUGCCUUGCAGAGAGACAGUCGCUCUCCGUCACAGCUUUCACACAGUUCGGGUGCGCGGCGCGGCCCAGGCGGCCACGGCCGCCGUACAACUUGGUAAGAGGCUGGAGAUCCAUUGGUGCUUUGAUGAAAAGGUCAGUUGGCCGAUCUCUCUCUCACAAAGCUUACCAAGCCCCAAAAGCCAACUUUGUAACAUAUUUAAAACCGCUAUUUUCGCUUAUUUCUGGAAUGUAUAAAAAAUGUAUAAAAAGAAUUAGCAUAUGCUUUCUGAAUAAAAAGGAGCCGGAGUUGAUCAACA